AUGAUUUCGUGCUUCACAACCUCGAAAAAUAUUGAAUCAAGUUGUUUGACAUUUACAGCUUUGAAAGGUUACGAAAGCAUAAAACUUGAAGCCGCGCCGGAGCCUCGAAGAAAAGAGAUUAUAACAGACCUGAAAAACCAGUUCGUUAACAAAGAAAUGUCAUAUAAUCCUUACGCUUAUGUGGCGGAUACAGGAGCAAUGAACGUGAAUGACAGACAGCAGCACGCUCAACAUUCAUCUUCUAUUAAUGACCCCACACACCAGCAAUUUCACAACAAUCUUUCAGGCCCGGCGGCACCUAGCUCCGAACAAAGCCAAGGGUUUUCUUUUCAGGACCCCAGGUCAUCUAUGGCAUACCAACUAGGGCAAUCGGCUUUUUCAAACUUCAUUGGCCAAAACAACCUCAAUCAAUUUCAGGAGAACCUAACGAAAGCUACCGGAGACUCUUCAUCAUUAUCACAUUACUUUCAGGUUUCAAACAGUUACGUUUUCAGAAAGCUAAAAACCAUCUUGAUGCCAUUUCUUCACCGGAACUGGCAGAGGGUUCCAAAUGCCAGCUCUCAGGGCAGUACCUCAGCGCCUUCUUUUCAAGUGCCCCGAGUUGAUCUAAACUCACCAGAUAUGUACAUCCCGGUCAUGGGACUGGUGACAUAUAUCUUGGCUUGGAACUUUCAGCAAGGUAUGCAGGGAUCGUUUGACCCGGAGAAUUUGUAUCAGCGCCUUUCAACUACGCUCGCGUCAGUGCUGCUUGAUCUUUUCAUCCUAAAAAUGGGACUUUAUUUACUUGUCUCUUCAAAGUCACCAACCACUAGCAUUACGGAGUUGGCCUGCUACGUCGGUUAUAAGUUUGUGCCUCUUACCCUCGCGCUUCUGCUUCCCUCCAAACCUUACCUAGUUUCGCUUGUUGGAAAGGUAUACCUUCUCAUAGCAUUUGGGGUCUUUUUGCUAAGGUCGGUCAAAUUUAACCUAUUUGUUGACAGCGGUAAUGAUGUUCACACGGUCAAGAAAAGUGUUGUGAAAAAAUGCAACUAUUUUCUCUUCGUCUAUGGAUUCGUCUGGCAAAGCGUACUGAUGUGGCUUAUGGGUUAA